GUCAGGUUCUGUCGUGCGACGCAAGUCUCUGGAGACAGGGCACGUCAUUACUCUCGUACUAUAUAAGGAUCAAUUUCAGACCACUCCUCCGACCAUCAACGAACGAGACUCUAUCCAAACUCGACUCUCUACCAGAUGAUAAUGUCCGCACCCGCAAACAAAGAGCGGGAAGAAAAGCUCCGCCUGGCAAAGGCGAAGUUCUCCGCCAUACGUCAGGGGUCAGGAGCGACAGCUACACCGCCUAACGGUAUCAAUCAGUUAGCUCCGGCCGCGCCUGCGUCGAAGACCGGCGUUGAGGACAUUUUCACCUCCUUGAAUGAGCAUCGGCAUACUCCAGACCUCGAUGCCAUGUACUCUACGGCCGCACUAAUGGUACCCUCGCAAAACGAAGUUGAUUACGUCCGGAACGACUCGAACGAUAACCCGCCGCCACCACCACCUCCUGCGGCUUUGCCACCUCAGGCAUACAAAGGUGCGCCGGCGAGAAAGCUAGUUCCCACUGUGGCUGAGAUCAAACCGGAGGAGACCGACUUCUCUCCUGUUACGUUCACCGCCCCUGCUUCCUUUCCAGUUGAGACGACGUUCACCCCCUUCGUUGGAGAAACUACUACUAUCGGAAACGAUGUGCACAACUCAGAUGGCUUUGAUAACGUUGAGAUCUCGGCUGCAUCUACGCAAGACGCCGACGUUGUGUUCAGCGGCUUCGCCGGUGACACUCGGAGCCCGCAUCCGACGUACACGUCUUACGCGAACGCAACUUACUCCCACCCAGACUCGUACGCAGCAGGAGCCUCUUACGCCGAUUACGUUCAGCAGCCGCAGGAAACUCAAUACAACACGCCGCAAGCCAACAAUGGAACCUCCGCAGGUAGUCCAAACGGCUCGGUUAAUAUUCCGGGUGCAGCUUGGAUUGGUGGAUGGAUGACAAAGUUUGUUGACAAGAUUGCAUCCGAUUACCGGCCCGACCCGAUUCCCGGCCAAUCUCCGACCACGAGCCCGCGCCGCAACUCCAUCGGGGAGUUCCUCAACAACGGUGCCGACAAGGGGUUCUCUCCAGCGCAUACUCCUGCGCCCGCUAGCGCCAACGCAACGUACGGCAAUGUAUCCUACAGCGAUCCCUUCAAUGUUUCGGCCCCGCCGCCGACCAGUAUCGGCAACUACAACAGCGCUGCGACGUACUCAACAUCUCCCGCUCAGAACACCGCCUACCCAACGUCUCCCGCUCACAGCAGCGUCGAAGAGGAACUUCGUGCAGCAAAGGCCGAGGCUGAACGCGAGCGCCAAGAACGCAUUACUACCGAACAGAAAGUUGCGCAAUUGACAGCUCAGAUCGAUGCUGCAGUUCAAAAAGUUACCGCUGAGCGCGAUGCUCAUGCCGCCAGAGUCUCCGAACUCCAGGAAGCGCUUGCUAAGUCGGAACAGGCCAUGGCGGAGCUGCAGUCAGCCAACCUCUCAAACCACAUCGAUGCUGUGGACCGUCUUGGCGAUUACGCGAGCCGCGAAGCUUCUGCGCGAGCACAGGAGGACGAUAUAACCGCGCGUACGGCUCAACUUGAGCAAUGGAACAUCGAUCUGAACGCGCGCGAGCAGGAGUACGCGGUCGAAAGCCAACGUCUAGCUCAACAACUGGCCGAACUCGAACAUGCACGUGCUGAACUUGAGCAUCGUCGUCAGGAACAAUACAACAGUGAAGUCGCGGGUGCUGCGAAGAUAAACAACUCGGAGGACCUUACUGCUGCUCUUGAGUUACAACGCCAACAUCUUGAGUCCGAGCACGCGUACAAGCUCCAGGAAGUACAGGCCAAAGCAGACCAGAUGGUCCACCAAGCACAGCUAGAAGGAACCCAAAACCUUCAGCAAGCCCAAAUUGACUCCGAAAACCGGAUCCAUCAGGCCGAAGCUCAGCGCGAUGACUUACAAGAUCGCCUCACAGCCGCGUUGACGGCGCACGCCACUACCGCUGAGCAAUUGAGUAACAAGAGCAAAGAAUUGAACCAACUCAAGGAGGAGAAUAAACGGUUGGCUGCCCUCGAGCGCGAGAACCAGGAACUAAGGACACGCAUCGCGGAACUACAGGCGGCUGACAACCGCGUCCACAAUCUGGAAACGGAAGUUGACCAGCUCAAGAAGGUCGUUGAAGUUGAUCACCUCGCCCAGAACACUCAAACGGAGCUCUUGGAUGCUAUCAAGACCCUAACAACAUCGCACCAAGCCCUCGCGCAAAAGGUUGAAACGAUCGGCACGCAAGUCCGCGCCUCCCGCUCCCCGUCUGUCGCUUCCAUCUCGCGCAGACCAUCCGUCUCUCCGGAAGCAACUGGACCACGUUCAAGCGAUCCCUUCUCGUCCGCGACUAACCCGGCCUAUCAGAUGCACCAACCGCACCCAUACAAUACGUACACCAGUCGAUCGGUGGGUGACCUCUAUAACCAUCAGCCCCAGCAGCUUGAGCAUCACCGGGGCAGCCCAUUCCGCCAAUCAUAUGUUCCCGACCACCAGCAAGCGGAUUACUACGGCCACGGCCAACAAAGCGGUUUCAAUCACCCUCUCUCGCCUCGUAAGCCGUCCAAUGCCUCGAGUGUAAGGUCGUACUAUGAACAGCCGGGUCAACAUGUGGACUACCGAGGAUACCAGCCUGGGUACCUCUCCGCGAGAAACGGUGCCCAUACGCCCUCUCACCGCCCCCCGGCUGGGCCCGACCGUGUUGCCUCGCGUGCCGGAUCUAUCUACAGUGUUCAGUACAAUGCCGCAGGGUAUACUGGUCAUCACCCCAAUGCCGGCCUCCCUCCACCCAUGUCACGUAGGAUGUCUAAUGCAAGCAUGAGGAGCGACGCCCAGCAUCACCAUUCGGGCCAAGUUGGUGGUGGCGUAUCGACGGUCGUUGACGAAGCGAAAAUAGAUGAGUCGAGCGGUAGGAUCGCGGCUCUUAGGGCGAAGUUGAAGGCUAAGGCGGGAACCAGUGGCAGUGCGGAGAACGUAGCUGUCGCAGACAACCAGACGCAGGUCCAGUUGCAGCAACCACCCGCCCCCGUAGUUCAAGCCCAAUCGUCGGCUCUCCCACAACAGCAACUGAAAACGCAACCGUCGGCGUCGCAGCUGUACUCGCGUCCUCCCAGCGUGCAGCACCACAUUCAACAGCAGCAGAGCGCGUCGUCUCUCUUCCCGCCGCCGCCGCCUACACAGGGUUUCGCGCCCUCCCAAACCCCCCACCCAUUGCGGGCUCAACCCUCGAACUCGCGUCUCUUUGCUGUGCCCAACGCUGCAAACGAACAGGCCCCACCGCCAACUCAACCCCUCAUGCGCACUCAGCAGUCGGCGGCCCAGCUCCUCACCCCACCUCCCCCACCCACAGUUCAACAGAACCCGUACAUACACACCCAGCAACAGUCGGUGCACCCGCAACAACAAUCGACCCUCCCCUCUGCAAGCGAGCUCUUCGCCCCGGCAAGCCAAUUAUUCGGGCAGCCACAGAAGCCGCUCGUAGGGGACCCCUUCGGUGCGCGCUGAAGGGAUCAUAUAGCAUUCAACGUAGUAGGUGGAGAAAACUCAACAUAUCGAGAAAGGAGGAAGUAACAUGACGAGAAGGGGAAAAGAGGGGGGGAUUCUAUGGACUGCGGUCUGUUUCCCCUUACUGUGACACUCAUGUCUGUAACACAUACACACACA